GGGUUAGAAAGAAUCCCAAUCAGCCUUUACAGGGGGGUCCUCGGUUUACGACGGGGUUCCGUUCCUAACAGGGAUAGUUGUACCUAUCGAAGGAGACACUAUGUGUCCGGACUUCAUCCCAUGCGAGCCUGGAGUUUCCAAUCUCACAGCAGCAUACAGAGAACCUGGAGAUUUUAUUUGUUUGGACGGCAACAGCCUGACAUCAACCGACCUGGUCAACUUAGGCAGAGGCCUUUACAAGAUAACACUGACACCAGAGGCAGAGAGGAAAGUUGUGCAAUCCAGAGAGCUUUUGGACACCAUCGUCAAAGAAAAUAGAGUUGUUUACGGGAUCACCACUGGUUUCGGCAAAUUUGCUCGAACUGUCAUUCCAGUCAGCAAACUCAAAGAACUGCAGGAAAACUUGGUGCGCUCACAUUCAGCAGGUGUGGGAAACCCCCUGAGCCCGGAGAGGACCCGCAUGCUGCUGGCUCUGAGGAUUAACGUUCUGGCCAAAGGGCACAGUGGUAUUUCUUUGGAGACUCUUCACGCCAUGAUCCAGGCCUUCAAUGCUUCCUGCCUUUCGUUCGUCCCUGAGAAGGGCACAGUUGGUGCCAGCGGAGACUUGGCACCACUCGCUCACUUGGCCCUGGGGCUGAUGGGCGAGGGUAAAAUGUGGUCACCUAAGAGUGGAUGGGCCGACGCCAAAUACGUCCUGGAGGCCCACGGGCUAAAGCCAAUUUCGCUGAAGCCCAAAGAGGGCCUGGCUCUGAUUAAUGGCACCCAGAUGAUCACCUCGCUAGGGGCGGAGGCUGUGGAGAGAGCCCAAGCCAUUGCACGCCAGGCAGACAUCAUUGCCGCGCUCACUCUUGAGGUGCUGAAGGGAACCACCAAGGCCUUCGACAGCGACAUCCACUCUUUAAGGCCCCACCCAGGACAAAUAGAGGUGGCACAACGCUUCCGGUCCUUGCUGGAUUCGGAUCACCAUCCUUCCCAGAUUGCAGAAAGUCACCGUUUUUGCGACAGAGUCCAGGAUGCCUACACCAUGCGCUGCUGUCCUCAGGUCCACGGCAUUGCCAAUGACACAAUUCAAUUUGUCCUCAACAUCAUCAAUACAGAAAUCAACAGCGCUACUGACAACCCUAUGGUGUUUGCUGAAAGAGGUGAGACUAUUUCAGGUGGAAAUUUUCACGGAGAAUACCCAGCAAAGGCUUUAGACUUUCUAGCCAUUGCGGUGCAUGAACUGGCUUCGAUCAGUGAGAGGAGGAUCGAGAGGUUGUGCAACCCAUCUUUAAGUGAGCUGCCAGCCUUUCUCGUCAACGAUGGGGGCCUCAACUCAGGUUUCAUGAUCGCUCACUGUACUGCCGCUUCUUUGGUUUCAGAGAAUAAAGCUUUGUGCCAUCCGUCUUCCGUCGACUCCUUGUCCACCAGUGCUGCUACGGAGGACCAUGUAUCCAUGGGGGGCUGGGCUGCAAGGAAGGCCUUGAGAGUAGUAGAGCAUGUGGAGCAAGUUCUGGCCAUUGAGCUGUUGGCAGCCUGCCAGGGCAUUGAGUUCCUCCGCCCACUCCGCACCACGACACCGCUGGAGAAGGUCUAUGACCUGGUGCGCAGUGUAGUCAAGCCGUGGAUUAAAGAUAGAUUCAUGUCUCCGGACAUCGAGGCGGUGCAUCGUCUCUUGCUCGACCAGAAGGUUUGGACCGUGGCCAAGCCCUACAUUGACAAAUAUCAGACUGAGUACAUCCCUGAAUCUCGUCCGGUCUCUCCGACUGCCUUUUCUCUGGAGUCGCCGCCGUCGCCCAGAAAGCGCUGUCGCCAUGACUGAAGCGACGCGGUCACAAUAAGGGAUGCAUUUAGUCUUGAGUGACAAACCUCGAACACUGAUGGUAGAUGUCAGUAUACUAUAGAAAUACUAAAUUGAUUAUUUUUUAAUUUUGGAACUUGUAUGUAUGUAUGUAUCUAUCUGUCCUAUUUUCAUUUAGUACUGCCUCACAACUACCUCAGCCAUUAUACUUAACUGCAUUGCAGUCCCAUCUUUUAAACAUUGUUGUAUAAAUGACAUCUGGAAUAAGUACAGUAUGUUGAAUUAUAAAAUAGUUAGUAAUACAAAUCUGAAAAUAACUUGUUGUAUGUUAUCAAUUCCUUCUUCUAGCAGUUUUAGUAGUUCAUAUUUCCAUAUUUAGCACUUACUGUUGAACUUUCAGUCAGGGCCAGCUGAACUAUUAUAAGCACUCACGUAAAUUUAUAACCUAAAUGCAAGUAUUUGUUCCAUGAAAUUGCAUCCAUUUAUUCUCAACUGUCUAUUGUCGUCAUUACGGAACGUCAUGGCUACACUGGUUCUGGUACUUAUAUGUCGAUCUCUGAUUCCCCUCCCCGACAAUAUCCAAUUUAAUAAUUAAAAAAAAAAAAAAAGAAAAACCCCGAAAGCAUUGCUUACAAGUUUGUUAGUCAUGAAAAUAGGCUUUUAUACAAUCAACGGUUUAAAGAAGGGAAAAAUACAUUUGCUUUUGUACUACGUAAAUGCCUUUUCAGUCUUUUUGAUUAAGCGGAAAUGUGAACUAAGGUUGGCCAACCAUGUUUUUGAAUAAUAUCAAUGGCUAAACAAUUAUAAGCAUAUUUUUGUUUUUGUUUUUUAGCGCAACCCUUCCAGAUUCUUUGUUUAACCCAUAGCAACGCCUUUGACAACGAAAAUGCCUUUCUUCGGCAAUCUUCGGAAAUUACGUCACACUAAGAAGUGCGGGGGAAGUCCGCCAUAGAACAGUAUUGUUUGUUGCAUUGUUUCUCGGUAAGAUGCCAUGGCGGUGUGUGGCGAUGUUUUGUUCUCACUCAAACGAAAAGUUGUAUGAGUGGCCAAAGGAUAGCAGGGCAUGUAAAUGGACAUCUUUCGUUAGCACGAAGCAAAUGAAUUUCACACCAUCAUCGAGUAGUGUUCUCUGCUACAAACACUCCGAAGAUGCCUGCUUCCUUAACCGGUCUGCUUAUGAUCAAGGAUUUGCCAAAAAGUAAGUGUGAUUUUUGGAUAGAUGACUGAUGACUUUGUCAAAGCAGAGCUGCCAACUGUUGUGGAAUGAACCGUAGACAGUGGCGGAGCUAGACUUUUAUCCUUGGGGUGGCCAGGGGGUGGCCGAGGCUAUUUCAGGGGGUCCACAGACUAUAACAAUGCAUUUGUUUCUUGACUUAUCAAUUGCAAUCGGAGUGUCAAAUGUUGAAAUGUACAUACUAAGCACAAAGGAGAUGAGAUUUAUGUAUAUUUAAUUGGCAUUUUAUUAACAAUGCAGAACGUUCAGAAAAGCAUAAUCUUCGGUUAUUGUGAGAAGUCGCAAAACGUUUCACAAAGUAUUUUUAUUUGUAUGCCCGAGCCCGAAACCCCCCCGAAAUUUUACGUUUUAUUUGUAGGCUCGAGCCCGUAACCCCCCCCCCAAAAAUGUAUGUUUUAUUUGUGAGGACUCAGGAGGAGGAUGCGAUGCGUGGUUGCAAUGUGCAUGAUAACAAAUUAAAGCCUGUCUUUUGUAACAAAUUUUCCCAGUUAAACAAUACUGUAAGAUGCAUACUUAAUAUACAUUUAUAUCUUAUAUUUUAUCUUUUACAUUUGUGUGUCUGUUCUAUCAUGUGGAUAAUUCAUGCGUCAUUUCCAUGGCAAAAUGAAAUGCACAUUUAUUUUAAGUCGCAUAGAAGUGGACCAUUUCAAAUCCCAACUGGGUCACUUUCGUAUGUGGUUCAAAUCGAAACUGGGCCACAUUUUUCCAGAAUGUGGCGGCGGUCUGAACUGUCAAGUCUCCCAAAUCGGAAUUCAUGCAGCAGUUACAUCUGCAAAGAGCGAGAGCGGCAGGGAGGAUGGCAGCGAUGUAGCUGUUCAUUAGCGAUAGCGCCUAGCUUGAACACAGCUUUUACGCAGGAGGCGGGCUUGACCACAGUCAUAAAAAUUAUAUUUUAUAUAUUUUAUUAUAUUAUUAUAUUAUCUAUUCUAUUAUCUAUUAUAUUAUCUAUCUAUAUCUAAGAUAUUUUAUCUUUUACAUUUGUGUGUCUGUUCUAUCAUGUGGAUAAUGCAUGUGUCAUUUCCAUGGCAAAAUGCAAUGCACAUUUAUUUUAAUUUCUUCGAGUUGGCAGAAAAAAACGCAAGUUUUCUUUAUGUUUAAAUAGUCUACCUAUUUUUAUGAUCAUUAUAAAUUCAUUUACACAACGAAAUAACGCUGGAAAGGUUUGUUAAAUAUAUUUCUGUGUGGGAUAUUGUGCUCACUACGCGCCUCUCUAACAAGGAGAGGAACAGCGGCAUAUACAAAAAUAAACUAAAAUACUUUUAAAUAACAUUCUUUAAUUUAAUGACUCGCAUCAGAACACACAAAAGAACAACCUGCCUUAAGGAGCACUGAAACAAAAUAAAUAAGUACAUUUUAAGGAACACAAUGCACGAACUCCACGAUGUCCUGCUUAGCACAAAGAGGUGCAGCCCCCGAAACAAAUGAUAAUAACGAUGUUUGACAAAUACCUUUUAGGCCAGUACAAUUUUUAAAAUGCCUGCUCAGCGUCAAGGUGCCAAUCUUUCUGCUCUCGUACGAGAGCAAAGCGCCACAUUUGUUGCAUUCGGCAAGGCCGACACAGUUUUAUGUAGCAUCUUCCACUAUCAGUUGAAAUCCUUUCCACACACCACUCGUGGAUUCUUGCCUUUUCAAUCCCCCCGUCUUUAGUUUGCUUUUCACCUGUUGCUGCUCUACUCGGGUCGGUUCGGGUUCGGGCUCAAAAUCUAGGCUCUACGGGCUCAAGAUCUAGGCUCUACUUGGAAGCUAGACGCCAUGGGAUAUAACGUUAACGUUUGCUUGAUGCCGUGGCUCUCUGCUAGUAGCGAAAACAACAACAAAUCUCCUACCUACAAGUUAUUUUAAACAUUGACUCAUUAGCACACCAGCAUAUAACUUACUUUACGACGAGGAUUUCAGUGUCCGUGAAGGGUAUCCUUCGUCUCCUUCUUUGUUGUCACUUUGUUUAUCUUCUGUCAAGUUCACAGUGUCAACGAUGACCGACUCAAAUCAGACUCAAAUCUUCCUCUGUUUCAGUGGCAAUUCUUCUUCUCCUAAUGAAAGCGGAUUGCAACGCUUUGUGGUACAUAGCGCCAACUACUGUACAGGAAGGACUUAGCAGUCGGUGCCGCGAUAUGUCAAUCACCUGGGGUGGCACCUGGGGGGUCCAAUCAGAUUUCAGGGGGGUCCAGUGCUACCCCGGCCUCCCCUCUAGCUCCGCCCCUGCUCCUACCUACAAGUUAUUUUAAACAUUGACUCAUUAGCACACCAGCAUAUAACUUACUUUACGACGAGGAUUUCAGUGUCCGUGAAGGGUAUCCUUCGUCUCCUUCUUUGUUGUCACUUUGUUUAUCUUCUGUCAAGUUCACAGUGUCAACGAUGACCGACUCAAAUCAGACUCAAAUCUUCCUCUGUUUCAGUGGCAAUUCUUCUUCUCCUAAUGAAAGCGGAUUGCAACGCUUUGUGGUACAUAGCGCCAACUACUGUACAGGAAGGACUUAGCAGUCGGUGCCGCGAUAUGUCAAUCACCUGGGGUGGCACCUGGGGGGUCCAAUCAGAUUUCAGGGGGGUCCAGUGCUACCCCGGCCUCCCCUCUAGCUCCGCCCCUGACCGUAGAAGCUAGCGACGUUAGCCAAAAGCUAACUCGUGGCAAUCCCCGAUCAUAGUUGUUGUUGGGUUCGCUUGGUUAAACAUGUUUAAAUUGUGCUUCAUCUACGAUCUUGUCCGAAAGGGUUAUUCCACUGUCAAUCGGGAAAGGGGUGUGGAUGUGCAUAUAAGCGGGUCGGCGUUGCGGUAUUUCACAGUCACGUUGCCGUAAGAGACACACACCGCCGGUGAGUUUGUGCACAUUUAUUUAUAUUUGUAUUAUGUAUUUCCACCUUCAUGCUUCAAGCAUUGCAUUGCAUUUGUACGGAUCGGCGUUUCUUUCACGGUGAUCGCUUGAUAGCCUUCUAGUUUGUGUUUUACGAGAGCCACUGACAGGUGACAAUUGACAACAAGCGUGUUGGUUUUAAUGUCUCGUAGCGAAUCAGCGAGCGCGUAGGUCACGCAGUGAAUCAUGGGAAAUGUAGUCUCGGGUCAACACUGAAGUGGUGCUUUGUAAUCUGUUCGCUUGUGUGAAAAAACUACAUUUCCUCACGCCAUUAGACGCCACUUUCUGCCGAGAGCCCCAAGCUGUGUUCGUACUGUUAGCUCCAUGUGUUAAUAAAGAAACAAAGUUGUCAGCACGUCGUGUGUUCGAUACCUUUGUCAACAAAAAGCUCAUAACAAGACACUAUGCACGCUCCGUUCAAGAGACGCUGGGACUGGAGAGCUGUGAGUUGUAGGAGCCGAGCGGAAAGCAAAACUUCGCGGUCGAAUGUGGCAGCAGUCCGCUAUUAUUUUGUUUUCUUAUUGUUGCCACAAUAAAGUGGAGAAAGCCAUCAACGACUCAUCUCCUUCUCCCCCCCCCUACGUUUUUAUAUUAUUAUUUUAUAUGCAAGAGAGCUGCUGGAUCUGCCAAAAUGAACAUGGUCUGAUUAUUGUUUCUUAAAACAAUGUCAUCAGAUAGACAAAAACAUCAAAUUAUGUGCAAAUGCCUGCAUCUUCAAAUCAUGAAAAUAAUAACAGCCUAUAUCUUACCAAUCUUGUAAUCUCGAUAGGUCUUCUCUCCAUGUCAGGUCGUCUAGGCACAUUGAUUGCAUCCUGAUUAGCAUCUGGCUAAUACAUGUAAGGUCCAACAUGAAAUUCGAAACCUCCUCUUCUUCCUCCAACUCUUCGAAAACUUGGAUCUCCUCCCUUGCGCUCGAUCUAUUGCUUAUAUUGCUGUUUGAAUCAUUGUUUGAAGGGCUUUGUAUGGCGGCCGUAUGUAUGAAGCGCUGCCAUCGCUGGUCUCGGUGUGACGUAUCACUUCGGAAACGCGAUUAUUUUGUCAAAUAAACAACAUAUAAAUUAUUUUUUUCAUGCUUUAUUUGUUGGACAAUGUUUAAUUACUUUAAUUGUGACCCUAUUUGGCAUGUUAUGAAGUUACUUCACAUUUCUGCUUUAAGUAAAGGAAUAUACUGUUUCAGUGUUUCUAGUUUUAUCAGAAUAUCACAAGUAUGUCUUGUAAUGAACUAACCAAUGUGAGUGCUUUUGGUCUAUACCAUAAAAUGGUGCUUAACUGCUACACUUGUAGUAAUAAACAACGUCGCCCAAAAAUAUUUUAGGGGUAUAAAAAACCUUUCCUUCGAGCCGGAUUUGAACCAGCGACCUAAGGAUUACUUCAAUGUAACUCUACAGUCCUCCGCUCUACCAACUGAGCUAUCGAAGGUAUUCGCCAAUUAAACGGAAAUACAAUAGAGAUGGUUCAUCCUACCGUGCUAACGCUACCCUCGGAUAUUGUUUAUAAAGUAUAAGGCUAAUGUCUGUGUCACGCUGUGAGCCAAAGAGACAG